UUUCGCUUCGCCCCUCUUACAUCUCCUUUUUCUUAUUCUCCCAAUAUCUGUCCUCUUUCUGAUAACUGGCGCCCUUUAUUUGUUGUCCUUCCUAAUUUACAGACAUUCUUACUUUAAACUAAUCCGUCCACUGCUCUACCGCCAUGGGAUUGUUCAAAAAGUCCGGGGACGGACCCGACGACGACUCCUCCAACCGCCUGGCACUGUUCGGCUCCCGAUCGAAGAGCAAGAGCCCAGCUCCUCCCGCGAACCCUUACGCCAAACCGACUCCCAUAGACUCUUAUACGAAAGCCAAGAUCCAGGCUGGUGUUGCCCCUAUCCCAGCCGGACAGGAUGCCGCCGCAUUCGCCCCUGGCCCCGCCAGCAGCAUCCCCGGAGACAACAAGCAAGGAUAUGCGCCGAACCGAUACGGAAACCAGGGUGGCUAUGGAUCUGAUCGCUUUGGUGGAAGCACCAACAAUGCUGCGCCGGCCUCCCGCUACGGCCCUGGCGGCUACGGAGGACUGGGCAGCACCGAUCCCAACGACCCUGCUGCCGCGGAUGCCAACAGAGAUGCACUUUUUGGAGGAGCGAAAGAACGAGCACAGCAACAGCCACAGGCGGGUGGCCCCCCACCUCCCUACUCCGAGGGCUCGCCGGCCUACGGAGGCGGCAGCAACGAAUAUAACACAUCUACGUAUCAAGAACGGCAUCUGACUGCCGAGGAAGAGGAGGAGGAAGAGAUCCAGACAAUCAAGCAGGACAUCCGAUUCAUUAAGCAAGGUGAUGUGGCUUCCACCCGCAAUGCCCUCCGCAUUGCCGCACAGGCCGAGGAGACGGGUCGGGAGACUUUGGCUCGUUUAGGCGCACAGGGAGAACGCAUUCACGAUGCGGAGGCCAGCUUGGAUGUUGCGACCAUUGAGGGACGGAUCGCCGAGGAGAAGGCCAAGGAGCUCAAGACCCUGAACAAGAGCAUGUUUGCUGUUCACGUGUCCAAUCCAUUCACCAGUGCUCGGCGGCGGCGCGAGCGCGAUGAGCGGAUCCUCGACACCCACCGACAGGAGAGAGAGACCCGCGACGGUACACGGAACGAGGCCUUCAAGACCAACCAGCGCAUGGAGCGCACAUUCCGGGAGAUCGAUAGGGAUGCCAGCAAACAGUCUACUCGUACCCGGACCAACGUCGCCGACCGUGCGAAGUAUCAGUUCGAGGCAGAUAGCGAAGAUGAAGCGAUGGAGAACGAGAUCGAGCAAAACUUGGACCUGCUUGGCGGUGCUGCAAGCCGUCUGAACGGUCUCGCCAAAGCCACGGGCAAGGAGUUAGACGAGCAGAACCGUCACUUGGAACGUAUCACAGGCAAGAGCGAUUUCGUCGACGAGCAAAUUGCCAUGAACCGCGCCAAGCUGGACCGGAUUCGUUAGACAAUCCCGAUAUCAUACCUUAUCCUAUGUUGACUGCCUGGUGCUGUCGAUAUCCAAAUGCACAUAUCCCAUUUGCUCGGCGUUUCUGGGUAUACUACACUCGUACUUGAUAGAAUAACUACAUUUGCUAUUAUUAUCAUAAAACUACAG